ACGGAGGAGGAGGAGGAGGAGGAGGUCUCUUACAAAAGGGAGCAGAUCAUAGUGGAGGUAAACCUUAAUAAUCAAACGUUAAAUGUGUCUAAAGGGGAAAAGGGUGUCUCUUCCCAGUCCAAAGAGACUCCUGUUCUUAAGACGAGCAGUGAGGAGGAAGAGGAAGAGAGUGAGGAAGAGGCCACAGAUGACAGCAAUGAUUACGGAGAGAACGAAAGGCAGAAGAAAAAGGAGAAGAUAGUGGAGAAAGUCAGCGUUACCCAAAGGCGAACGCGGAGAGCGGCCUCUGUCGCUGCAGCUGCCACUUCCCCUUCUCCCAGAACCACGAGAGGGCGUAGGAAGAGUGUAGAGCCACCUAAGCGUAAGAAGCGGGCGGCCAAAGAGCCCAAGGCGCCAGUCCAGAAAGCUAAGUGUGAAGAGAAAGAGACUCUGACCUGUGAGAAGUGCCCCAGGGUGUUUAAUACUCGCUGGUACCUGGAGAAGCACAUGAACGUUACUCACAGGCGCAUGCAGAUCUGUGAUAAGUGUGGCAAGAAGUUUGUCCUGGAAAGUGAGCUGUCCCUUCACCAGCAAACAGACUGUGAAAAAAACAUCCAGUGUGUGUCCUGUAACAAAUCCUUCAAGAAACUCUGGUCCCUUCAUGAGCAUAUCAAGAUUGUACAUGGAUAUGCAGAAAAGAAAUUUGCCUGUGAGAUUUGUGAGAAGAAAUUCUACACCAUGGCUCACGUGCGGAAACACAUGGUCGCACACACGAAAGACAUGCCGUUCACAUGUGAGACCUGCGGGAAGUCAUUCAAACGCAGCAUGUCACUCAAGGUGCACUCCCUGCAGCACUCUGGAGAGAAGCCCUUCAGAUGUGAGAACUGUGACGAGCGGUUCCAGUACAAGUACCAGCUGCGCUCGCACAUGAGCAUCCACAUUGGGCACAAGCAGUUCAUGUGCCAGUGGUGCGGCAAGGACUUCAACAUGAAGCAGUACUUCGAUGAGCACAUGAAGACGCACACGGGAGAGAAGCCCUUCAUCUGCGAGAUCUGCGGCAAGAGCUUCACCAGCCGGCCCAACAUGAAGCGGCACCGGCGCACGCACACCGGCGAGAAGCCCUACCCGUGCGACGUGUGCGGCCAGCGCUUCCGCUUCUCCAACAUGCUCAAGGCGCACAAGGAGAAGUGCUUCCGCCCACGCGCACCCGCACCACCCGCACCACCUGCCCAUCCCGCCCGUGCCCCACCUGCCCCCGCCGCCCGCGCUCUUCAAGAGCGAGCCCUUGAACCACCGCGGCCAGAGCGAGGACAGCUUCCUGCGGCACCUGGCGGAGAAGAACGGCGCGGCCCAGCACCACUAGCCUCGGCCUCCCAGGCCGGCUGGGGCCGCAGCCGCCUCGCCAGCCCCGGGCUCUGCCAGGGUCUGCGCGAGCCAGCAGGCGCGGGAACGGAGCCCGGGACCUCCUCGCGCUCGUGGGGCCUGCCCUCGAAACCAGGGGAACCACCGAACUGAAGCCCAAUUUGCUUGCAUUUUCUGAUGACUUUUAUAAAUUUCAAAUACUCCGACUUCUGGGAUUUUAUAAUUUCAUAUCAGCUGAUGAGGUAUGCUUGCUUUUAUAUCCUGGACUUCUCCUCAAAGAGGAGAUAGGCCUGGUUUUCUUUGUACUAAUCGGGAAGGCUGUGAGAUUAAUCCAGAGCAUUAAUUGUAUCACUGUGUCUUGUAAUAAAUUCUUUUCAGCUUUCGGUGCUGGCUGCAGAGUGGAGCUGGCCCGGUUCACAGUAUAUCAAGCAUUAUAGAGGAAGACGGAAAUUUUCUUCUUUGUGUAGCUCUCCUAACGCACUCUUUAUUUUACUACAGAAAUUAUUUUAGAGUUUUUGUAUAGACUUCUUAGUAGUCUGUUUCUAAAAUGAAAUGUAUUUCAAUAAGCGGUGUAAUUUUUCAGUGUAGCUGAACCUAUGUUGUAAAAUAGAAAAAAUUUUUAUAAUCAUCAAAAUGUGAUUCUUAAAGAUGCAUAUAACUUCUAUAAUUCAAAGUUAGUCUUACACCCGUACGACUCAAAGGUGCUUUCGAGACUGGCUGCGUCUGAGAGGCCCCCGCCCCGGCUCCAGCAGGAGCGCGCUUUGCUUCCGAACAGGCAGCGCUCGAUGUCCGCCGCACUCAGACGCCAGCAGGCUCGUGCGCGUGUCUGGCUUCCGUGUUCCUUUGGGCUCCAUUCAUGCAUUAAGUGGAGGGGUUGGCGUUGGGCUUUUUCCAGGGCAGUCGCCUAAAUUGCCCCGGUUUGGAACUUUGGGUGAAGUUGUUCAUGGUCAGGAGAGGGAAGCGCAGCAGCAGGAAUUGUUUCUCCUUGGUCACAGCUGUUUCUUCCCUUUGGAACUCUGCUCGUGUCGAAUCAUUCUGGGAAACAGAUAGGAGUCUCUCAUUUUGAGGUUGCUUUAUUUUUCUAGAACUGUUACGAGAAGCUAAAGUAGUAAACUGAACUCUCAGACAUGCUUUGCUGGCAGUGGCUGAGAAAUUUGGAAGAGAAGGCAAACCGGGAAUGAGUUUGGGAAGGUCUGGUGUGCACAGCGCCGAGCGGUUUGAACACAGUUGACCUUGUAGCGGGGGCAGCCUGGAAGCCUGGCCGUGCUGCGGGUAAGCAUGCCGGCCAGCAGCCUUAGGUGAGGGGACAGCGGUGCUGCCGUGCUCCCGGCAGUGAGCUCGGCCCCCCGACAGCCCCCCGCGCCCCACAGCAAGCUCCGCCGGAGCCGAGCACAGGGCGGGUGGGACACUCAGCCAGGCUCCAGGCUCGGCACUGCCGCAAACACCAAGCUCACCGCAGAACGGAGUUCCAAGGGUAGGUCCUUCUGCCCCAGCCGCCCUCUGCGUUCUACACCUUGGAAUCCCUUCAUUACUCUUUCCUCGGGCCCUUAGGUCAUUGCCUGGCUUUUAUUUAUUUUAUUUUUUAAUAUUAAAUGUGCAGAUAGGCGUCAAGCACUUUUCCAGCUGAUUAGCUCUACAGCAGGGAAAAAUGGAGCUCUCUCCAUUUGGCUGAGGUCCCUAUUUCUCUACCCCCUGUUAGCUUUUCGGUUUAAUGAUCCCAAAUUUUCUCCUCCUGAUUUUGCCUUUGUCUUCGGUAAUGCAUAGGAAAAUAUUGCAGGAGACAGAAAAGUAAGUAUCUCAAGACAUCCUUUUCUUCCUGUUUUGGGAUGUAAGUUUUAAAAAAUAGUAUUUUUAGUGUUUGUGUACAUUCUUUGAGCCCCUGGGCACCCAAGCCAGUAAGGAAGUUAAUUCCCUGCUGGGACUAUUAACUUCAGUGGCUGUCCCUGCUACUGCCACCAUCUCCUUUGCAUUCCAGGACAAGUUUGUAAAGCCACACUUUUAUGUAGACAUAGUAUUAUUUCAUGAUCAAGGCUAUAAUAUUAAAAUAAUUUUUCUUAAAAAGAUACACAGUAUAUCUUAGUUCAUUGGUUAGACCCUAUUGGUUCUAAAUAAAUUUACAGUAUUGGGCAGCAAUUUUGAAUUCUGGACUUGAGAUCUUUGAAUCAACCAUCUCAUGUGGUGUACUCUGAUUAUACCCGGAAAAUUCAGGUAGUUGUCUUUGAUUUGUCAUUCGAGCCACUGUAACCCCAUAGGAAAAUAGCUGCUACACAGGAAAAUCGGUAGUAAGCACGUAACCCCAUCCUUCCCAGAACCGCCCCCCCAAUUAAAGUUAGCAUUAUCAUACAGUAGAACUCUUGGUUAAAUGGAACAGUCCGGAAGCUUCCAGUUUUUGUUUUCUCCCGGCUAAGUAUGCCUUCCCUGACAUGUGACCUGUGGCGUUCAGGAAGAUGGCUCCUCAUCAGCGUCACGUGGUACACGGAUAGUGACAUGCACGGGACACGAACGCUCCCGGAGAGCGGGCUGCAGGCGAAGCCUGCCAUGUGCGCAUGCGUCAGGCGUCAGGUUUUCAUGCGGAAGGCGCAGGCGCAUGCGCAGGGCAGGAAGUGGGGUCCUCUCCUUCGGUAAAGCAGCAUUGUUCGGUGCUCUCUCACACGUCUGCCGCAGAACCCUUUACCCGCCCACCUGCUCAUGGAGAGACCCGGGAGAGCUGGAGUUCUCAGCACUUCUCAUGCUAUGUUUUUCACAGUAUAGGCCGCAGGCAGCGUUCCACAAACAGCAAGCUGAGGCUGUCUCUCAUGACUGCAUUUUACAAUGUCUUCAAGGGCUUGUAUCUUUGCAGGGUUACGGAUUUGAGGAAAAUUCCCCAAGGGCUUUUCUGAGUUGCCAUUGCAUUUCUGGUGGCUGCUUGGUUUUUGCAUUUUCUAUCCUUUUUUCAUAGGUGUAUCAUUCAAAUAUAAACUUUUUUUUAGCAUUAAAAAAGGCUGCUGCCCUUGUCCUCCCAGCACUUGGGCAGGAGGCUGAGGCAGGAGGAUCACUGUGAAUUCAAGGCCAGCCUGGACUACAUAGCAAGACCGAGCCUCAAUGCCCCCUCCAAAAAAAAAAAAAAAAAAAGGCUGCUGCUUUCUCAAGUUGAAUCAGGUAGGCUCAUACUGAAGUUUUAGAAUUUGAACAUCAGCUCAAAGCAUGUGGCUUCAUUUCUACACAUAUUUAUAAUUACAUUCUUAUUUUUAGCAAAUGGGGGGGUCUCUGCAUAAAACUUUACUGUAGUUCCAAGAAACCUUUGCAGAUCCCUUUCCGAUGCUGUUGUAGUCCACGUGUUCGUGAGCCACCCUAGAUCAGUGGCUGAGCGUGGAACACAGUCGCACCUUCUCUUCUCAGAACCGCAGCUGUGGGAAGCACCUUGUUACUGUGGUUAGAACUCGCCCUCGAAUUUGUCCCUGGCAUACUGAGUGAAGGCAGAGUGCUCCUCAGAGAUGGUGGUAAAGAUUCUUGAUGUUGUUCCGGUUUUUAUUUUUGUUGAAUGGAUAUGUAUAGUUUCAUUUUGAUUUUACUGGCAGUUUGUUUUUUUUUUUUAAACUGGCAGUUUUAAAUUUUGAGAAUCUGAAGCAGAGCUAGAAUACACUGCAGAUGUGUGUUUCUACUUACCCAUCCUGCGUGGUUCAGUGACGACAACACGAUGGGGUAUGUAGACUUUUUAUGUUUAAAAAAAAAAAACUUAAAACUAAAGAGAGAAGUCCGUUUAUUUGAGCCACUGUAUGGAAAAGACAACUUGGACUGCAUUGCUGACCCACAGGAUGAGUAAUGAGUGCUGUUCCGGACGGUAGGAGAGUAUUUAAGGAAAAGGGGGACAUGUUACAGCCAAGCAUUUCAUCAGCUGACUGCUUUUUAGAAAAACAACUCACCUGGAAUUCUUCACACUGUAAGAAAGUAAACACUGAGUUUUAAUUUUCCUUUGCCCUAAACCAAGAUAGGAAAUUCCUUUUCUUUUUUUUUUUU